AUGGAUCAGGGCCAGAGUAACUCGGACAUGGAGGCUGAAGCCCUGAUACUUCCUCAGUACCUCCCAGUACCUCCUCAGUACCUCCUCAGUACACCCCUGUACCUCCCAGUACCUCCCAGUACCUCCUCAUUACCUCCCAGUACUUCCUCAGUACCUCCCAGUACUUCCCAGUACUUCCCAGUACCUCCCAGUACCUCAUCAGUUCAUCCCAGUGCCUCCCAAUACCUCCCAGUACCUCCUCAUUACCACCCAGUACCUCCUCAGUACAUCCCAGUGCCUCCCAGUACCUCCCAGUACCUCCCAGUACCUCCCAAUACCUCCCAGUACCUCCUCAGUACCUCCCAGUACCUCCCAAUACCUCCCAUUACCUCCUCAGUACCUCCCAGUACCUCCCAGUACCUCCUCAGGACCUCCUCAGUACAUCCCAGUACCACCUCAGUACCUCCUCAGUACCUCCCAGUACCUCAUCAGUACAUCCUAGUACCUCCCAGUACCUCCCAAUACCUCCCAUUACUUCCCAGUACCUCCUCAGUACAUCCCAGUACCUCCCAGUACCUCCUCAGUACAUCCCAGUAUCUCCCAGUACCUCCUCAGUACAUCCCAGGGCCUCCCAAUACCUCCCAGUACCUCCUCAGUACCUCCCAGUACCUCCCACUACCUCCCAGUACCUCCCAAUACCUCCCAGUACCUCCCAAUACCUCCCAGUACCUCCUCAUUACCUCCCAGUACUUCCUCAGUACCUCCCAAUACCUCCCAGUACCUCCUCAGUACCUCCCAGUACAUCCAAGUACCUCCCAUUACCUCCUCAGUACCUCCCAGUACCUCCCAGUACCUCCCAGUACCUCCUCAGUACAUCCCAGUACUUCCCAGUACCUCCUCAGUACAUCCCAGUACCUCCCAGUACCUCCUCAGUACAUCCCAGUACCUCCCAAUAUCUCCCAGGACCUCCUCAGUACCUCCCAGUACCUCCUCAGUACGCCCCCGUUCCUCCCAGUACCUCCUCAGUACAUCCCAGUACAUCCCAGUACCUCCCAGUACCUCCUCAGUACCUCCCAGUACCUCCUCAUACAUCCCAGUACCUCCUCAGUACAUCCCAGUACAUCCCAGUACCUCCCAGUACCUCCUCAGUACCUCCCAGUACCUCCUCAGUACAUCACAGUACCUCCUCAGUACAUCCUAGUACAUCCCAGUACCUCCCAGUACCUCCCAAUACCUCCCAGUACCUCCUCAGUACCUCCCAGUACCUCCUCAGUACCUCCCAGUACCUCCUCAGUACAUCCCAGUACCUCCCAGUACCUCCUCAUUACCUCCCAGUACCUCCUCAGUAAAUCCCAGUACCUCCCAAUAACUCCCAGUACCUCCUCAGUACCUCCCAGUACCUCCUCAGUACCUCCUCAGUACAUCCCAGUACCUCCCAGUACCUCCCAGUACCUCAUCAGUACAUCCCAGUACCUCAUCAUACCUCCUCAGUACCUACCAGUACCUCCUCAGUACCUCCCAGUACCUCCUCAGUACAUCCCAGUACCUCCCAGUACCUCCUCAUUACCUCCCAUACCUCCUCAGUACCUCCCAGUACCUCCUCAGUACCUCCUCAGUACAUCCCAGUACCUCCCAGUACCUCCCAGUACCUCCUCAGUACAUCCCAGUACCUCAUCAGUACAUCCUAGUACCUCCCAGUACUUCCCAGUACCUCCUCAGUACCUCCCAGUACCUCCUCAGUACCUCCCAGUACCUCCUCAGUACCUCCCAGUACCUCCUCAGUACAUCCCAGUACCUCCCAAUACCUCCCAGUACCUCCUCAGUACCUCCCAGUACCUCCUCAGUACAUCCCAGUACCUUCCAGUACCUCCCAGUACUUCCCAGUACCUCCCAGUACCUCCGAGUACUUCCCAGUACCUCCCAGUACCUCCGAGUACCUCCUCAGUACAUCCCAGUACCUCCCAGUACCUCCUCAGUAUAUCCCAGUACCUUCCAGUACCUCCUCAGUAUAUCCCAGUACCUUCCAGUACCUCCCAAUACCUCCCAGUACCUCCUCAGUACAACCCAGUACCUCCUCAGUACAUCCCAGUACCUCCCAAUAACUCCCAGUACCUCCUCAGUACAUCCCAGUACCUCCUCAGUACCUCCUCAGUACAUCCCAGUACCUCCCAGUACCUCCCAGUACCUCCUCAGUACAUCCCAGUACCUCAUCAGUACAUCCUAGUACCUCCCAGUACUUCCCAGUACCUCCCAGUACUUCCCAGUACCUCCCAGUACCUCCUCAGUACAUCCCAGUACCUCCCAGUACCUCCUCAGUACAUCCCAGUACCUCCCAGUACCUCCUCAGUACAUCCCAGUACCUCAUCAGUACUUCCCAGUACCUCCCAGUACUUCCCAGUACCUCCCAGUACCUCCUCAGUACAUCCCAGUACCUCUCAGUACCUCCUCAUUACCUCCCAGUACCUCCUCAGUACAUCCCAGUACCUCCCAGUACCUCCUCAGUACCUCUCAGUACCUCCUCAGUACAUCCCAGUAACUCCCAGUACCUCUCAGUACCUCCUCACUGUCUUAAGGCCUUUGCACACUGGGUCGGAUUAUUUCGUCAGAAUUUUUUGCGCGUCAAAACAGAAAAUGGAGCUCCUGUUGUUCUAA